AUGGAAUCCUACCAUGGCCUCAUAGUUACUCCCUCAGAUGCUAUUCUGCUUUUAGAGGCCGCCAGACAGAGCAUUAUCCCAAAAAUGAACAGACGGCUCUCGGACUACGAGCGCAUGAUACUAAUAAAACCAGGAGCCGUGUUCAUUUGGAACGAAUCCGAAUCCAACAUGAAAAGAUGGACAGAUAGCAGAAACUGGAGCGCUUCCAGGGUAAAUGCAGCAUUUCUUAUAUACAGGGAGCUCGACUCUUCCCAGACCACCAGCACAUCAUACGUAUACAAACGCAAUGGUCUCGUCAAACAGUCUUUCUCUGUGACUAUGAAAAAUGGAGGCAAAGUGCAUCUGAUAAGUUACAUGAACAGCGACCACGAAGCUAAUAGAUAUCUAAUGAGGCCGACACAAGACCCCAGACUCAGGCAUAUACAAAUAGACAGGAGCUUGUAUCCUGACAACCUUCUGGUAGACGAGUCCGACAAAAAGCAGGAAAAAGCAUCUUUACUUAGGAGGGCUUCCGACACCACAUACGACAAACAGAAAACUUUGGUAGCCCCGGCCCAUCUGCCACCAAUUAAUAAUGUCGACAUGGGCCCCACAUUCUCGUCAACCAACAUCGUAGCCAACAUGGACAGGAUUCCACGCUCCAACACUGACCAACAGAAAACGCAAUUCCGCUACAGUGGCCGGUUACAGGAGGAUGGCAAGAUGCUCAGUGUCUUAGAUAGAUACUUUAAAUGA